AGCUGCUGUGGGCGCGGGGUGGACUCAGCCCGGAGUCACUCGAGGGAGGUCGCUCUCCCUCAACCCCAGCUUCCGUCUCAAGGUGGAGAAGUUGGAAAUGGCACUGGGAUACCUGGGCAUCGAUCCCAGCCCCGAGCAGCAACACACCCUCCGCACACAACUACUGGUCGACAACAACGGCACCGUCGCCUACGGGGACUUUGUGCAGGCCGCCAGGGACCUGUUCCGUCUACAGCUCGACGAGUCGGCCUCAGAACCGACGGCCUCAACCCUCACCUCCACCACCAGCCCACCUGAGACAGCGCUCUCCACACAGGUGGUGGCGCCUGGGGCAGCGGGAGCUGCGGACCUGGACAGGACGACCCGAGAGAGGAACGAAGCCUUGAAGGAGCUGAAGAAAGUGAAGGACCAGCUCGCCAAGUCAGAGAAAAGCAGGAAGACUCUGAGCGAGGAGUUGCAGAAAGUCCGACAG